GUCAAAAAUAAAAAAAAUCAAAACUCCAGAUCACGCACACAUCACAUAGUACAAGUGAUGGCAGAAAGUCAGUCUGAAGAUGAUUUCGAAAUCAAGCUGCGCCCCUAUCAGGAGGAGAUGCUUCAAAUGUCGCUCUGUGAAAACGUAAUUGUGAAAAUGGACACGGGCUCAGGAAAGACGUUCAUAGCUAUCGACCGUGCGGAAGCUGCGCUGAAAAGCUCCGGUCCGGACAAGCUCGUCUGGCUUUUGGCUCCCACCAUUCCUCUCUGUACACAACAUGCUGAGACCGUGAAACAAAGAUUGCCCGGCUAUCAGGUCCGCCAGCUCAUCGGAAGCGAUGGCGUUGACCGAUGGAGCGACCAAAGGACUUGGGACGCCGCUCUCAAAAACAUCCGGAUCGUCAUCUCCGUCGCCGCGAUUUUGAGAGAUGCAUUGUAUCAUGCCUUUGUGAAGAUGGAGAACAUAGCCCUGCUAAUCUUCGACGAAGCUCACCAUUGCGUCAAACAAAACCCAUCAGCGGUCUUGAUGAGGAACUGGUAUUUUCAAAUGGCUAAGGAGAAGAGGCCGAAAGUGCUUGGGCUGAGCGCCAGCAUCGUUCAGCAUCAGAGCUUGGAGGCCGUGUUAGACUCCAGAGUAGUGACACCGGUUCGUUCAAGAUCUGAGCUUAUGCAGCAUGUCAACCGCCCAGUCUUGCAAUGCUUGUGGUACAGCAACAACGGCUGUCCUUACGUGGAGAGGCUUGUCCUGCUUGGCACCAUGAUAGGUAGCUACGAACUUAGCAAAGAUCCGUUUUUCCUCGGAUUGAGCGCAGAGGAACAACAAGAGUUUCUGGCCAAAGAUGAAUCCCCAUUUUGCCUCCAGGAGCUAAAGGCACUGUUCACAAGGGCCAAACAUAUCUUUGAUCAGCUUGGCCCGCACAUGGCAGAUUGGUAUCUUGAAAACAGUAUCACCUCAAUGCUCGCGCGUAUCGAGAGUAUAGGGCCGCUUAGCGAAGAGAUUGCUAUCACAGCAGCCGAAGCAGUGCACCUGUCAAUCUUUCUUCGAUCUUUACAAGUCGCAACAAAGAAACGAAAGCGCGACGAGGAGCCAGAAAUCAGUAAAGAUUAUGGGCCGCACACGCUGUCGCCCAAGCUGAGAACCUUGAUCGAAUUCUUAGAAACUGAAUGGACGGAGAAGUUCACCGGUUUGAUCUUUGUCCAACAACGCGCGCUCGCGCAUGCACUUGCAUAUCUGCUUUCAGGAUACAGAUUCCAACGAGCCAAGCUGCGAGUCCAGUCAUUCAUCGGCAUGUCGAACGUACAAACCGUGGUGAAACGGCUCGUUGAACAGAUCAUGCCGCACAACCAGAAAGGAGUGUUGGAGAACUUUAGAUCAGCAGAACGUGAAAUCAAUCUUCUAGUGGCUACCGAUGUCCUUGCAGAGGGUGUGGAUGUGCCUGACUGUCAUCUUGUCAUAUGUUUCGACGCGCCCACACAGAUCACUUCGUAUAUACAGAAGCGCGGAAGAGCUAGGAUGAAAAAUUCGAAGUACAUACUGAUGUUAGAGGAGGGAAUGGAUGAUGGAAAAAUAAAGAGAUGGCAAAAAUUAGAAGAAGAUUUAGAACGGCUGUAUCAGGAUGAGAAGAGGGCUCGGGCGAUCUCAGAGCAAUUGGAAAACCGGGAUGACAAAUGCUCGGCAACCAUCCAGUUUCGCGUGCCAUCAACUGGUGCCCUUCUAGACUUCGAUAACGCUUUGCCAAAGUUACAUCACGUAUGUCAAUGCGCUCUGUCAGAAUCCUUGGUGGACUCGAGGCCACGGUUCGCAUUCAAGGAACAUCCAGACAGAACAGUCACCGCUACUGUAAUCUUGCCUGUUGUUUUCGAGCCAAAUAUUAGAGUUACGAGUAGCUCCGUGGCGUGGCUAACAGAGAAGGCAGCUAAGAGAGAUGCUGCAUUUAACGCGCUCCGAAAGCUCUACGAACAUGGCUUACUGGACGAACAUCUACUGCCGCCAAGGCCACGGAGCCACGAGCCAGAUGAGUUGGAUGUAGAUGAAAAGUCAGGCUCUUUUUGUGCUGUAUUGCCCCGGAUGAAUCCAUGGGUGGAUAUCGCCCUAGCCUUGCAGUCGGGAUUCUUGGAUUGGCAUUGCCUCGACGUGAUGAUCGAGGAACUUGGCGGUGACCAGAUGAAGAUGGAUAUGGUUAUAUUUGCACCAAUAUCACUUCCUGCGCUCCCUGAAUAUACAGUUUUUUGGGAUCACCAUGCAAAAUACGUAGUGCGCGGUGUGUCAUCCCAAGUCCGUCGAGCAAUGAACGCGGAAGAUAUUGAGGUGUUGCGAGAACAUACCGAUGCAAUCAUUCGCUUAACACAUGGAUCCCGAAUGCCGGCCGGCCAUCUGAAUUUUCCGUUUCUUAUUUCCUUGUCCUCCACAGAGAUAAAAUAUUGGCAGAAACAUCGAGAUCAUCAAUCUCCAAUAGACGAUCUCGAAGUAGACGAUGGCGAAUGCGGUGCGACUAGUAGACCUGGCAUCGUCCUGUAUGGCAGCCGGAAAUACUUAUUUAAAAGUUUCAAAAAAGCGAGCUUCAACGAAGAUGGCGUUGAAGAGGAGGCCAUCGAGGCGACCGUAUUUCCGAAGAGAAGGGAUUUUUUGCAUCCGCUUACUAGCAAUCAGCAUUCAUACACGAGGACGUAUCUACUCCCUACAGCGGAAUGCGUGCUAGAAUCCUGGGGCUUAACCGCCACGAUGAAGUCCCUCUUUGUUCCCUCGCUUCUGCACCGGAUUGAGCUGUCACUUCUUACAGAGCGACUACGCGCUGCUUUGGUCCCACACUUUUGUGACGAGAACCUUCCGCUUCUCCAAACAGCAAUCACCGCUCGAUCAGCACGGGAACAAGAAAGCUACGAACGCCUGGAACUCUUCGGGGACGCUUAUUUCAAUUUUCUCACGUCUCUUAACGUUAUGGUCGAAAGACCCUAUUGGCCUGAGGGAUUUUUAACUAUGGAAAAGAGUCGACGAGUUGCAAAUGAUACUCUUUGCAAGGCGGCAUUGAGCGUUUGCCUUGAUCAAUAUAUUAUUCUGAAGCCAUUUACGGGCCUAAAGUGGGUACCACCGGACGUGGAGAAGCUGCUAGUUGAAGCCAGCCAGCCAAAGGGGCGGGAACAAGGCCCGAAGAAGAGGUUGGCUGAUGUGGUCGAGUCGACUAUUGCAGCGGCAUAUCUCGAUGGAGGUCAUAGCGGAGCGAUUAAGCUCUGUAAAACAUACUUCCCGCAACAAAUGUGGGAAUGUCCCGAAAGACAAGCUCUUGAACUAUUCAGCAGAGCCGGUGAAGAACGAGUACAUCUCGAGGCUCUUGAAAACCUGGUCGGAUACAAAUUCAGGAAGCCGAGCCUUUUGUUGGAAGCCAUAACCUCUUCGAUGUAUAAAGGCGGGGACCAAAACGCGCGGUCAUAUGAGCGCCUUGAGUUUUUUGGAGAUGCAGUCCUUGAUUACUUGGUUGUGCGACGCAUCUACGCUUUCAAUGGCCGAGAGCUACCACACAACGCAAUGCACUCAUUUAAAUGUGCAGUUGUUAACUCGUGGAUCCUGGGCUAUUUGUGUAUGGAGCACUGCAUUUGGGAAGAGCGGAACAACAUCGUCAUGAAGCCGGCUGGUCACAGCACGUCUUAUACACCAGAGAUCGAGCAGACAAGUGUUAAGAAACAUAUUUGGCAAUACCUUCGACCAGGCUUGCGCACAGAGAAAGAGAAUCGGUCUCUCGAGAGAUUUGAGAAGAUGCGUAAUAGUCUCAAAUACUCUCUUGAGACGUGCACCUCAUUUCCUUGGCCACUGAUUAGCCGUUUCAAUCCGGCCAAAGUAUUUUCUGAUCUCAUAGAGACCAUACUCGGAGCCAUCUAUAUCGAUUCGCACGCGAAUGAAGAGAAGUGCGAUUCAUUUUUAACGCACAUCGGGCUCUAUCGGAUCCUCGAUCGCCUCCUUGAGGACAAUGUAGCCUGCAUGCACCCCAAGGAGCUUCUUGGCAUUCUGGCACAGCAACGUAAAGUGAGCUACACUUACAGCGAGGAAGACCAAAUGUUCACCUGUCAAGUCCUGUUUGACGGAAAGCCUGUUGGCAAAGUCGCACAGGCUGAAACCAAGGACAUAGCAAGCACAUUGGCAGCAGAGACUGUUAUAGAAUGUGAGCGGGGAGAAGAGAUCUACGAUGUGGUGGAGAAGGCUUGGAAAGUUGUAAACGAGGAGAAAUCCGCCCCGGACAGCGAGGUAGAUGAUGGUCUUCUGAGAGAAGUAGAUGACGAGUAAAUAUCCCUUAGUCCCUCUUCAAAGAGAUAGAAAUGAUCGAGCAUCCGCUUCACGAUUACAGCUAUGCCUUGACGGCGAUGAGGUUAUGAAUUUACGGAAAUGAUGGCUUAGUAAUUGGCAACUGAUAAGAGGUAUAAGGUCGCAAUUUUAACGUCCAAUCUUCAGAAGGGAUAUUUCUCGGCUAGAUGUGGUUCGUCACAUUCAGAGACAAGACUGUAAUGCAUUGUCAGCGAAUCAAUUUCGUGGGCAGAUGGCCGUAGUGCAAGC